AUGGGGGAGCUGUGCCGCACGGAGUCCUCCCUGACGGCGCUGGGCGAGGAGGAGCUGUGGGACAUGAUGGACGGCCACCGCCACCGCAUCGUGCGCAGCGUCUGCCCCAGCCGCCUCACCCCCUACCUGCGCCAGGCCAAGGUGCUGGGCCAGCUGGACGAGGAAGAGGUGCUGCACAGCCCCCGGCUCACCAACUCUGCCAUGCGUGUGGGGCACCUGCUGGACCUGCUGCGGGCCCGAGGCAAGAACGGGGCGGUCGCCUUCCUGGAGAGCCUGAAGUUCCACAACCCGGACGUGUACACGCUGGUCACCGGGCUGCAGCCCGACCUGGACCUCAGCAGCUUCAGCGGCCUCAUGGAGACGUCCAAGCUGACCGCCUGCCUGGCGGGGGCCAUCGGCAGCCUGCAGGAGGAGCUGAGCCAGGAGAAGGGGCAGAAGGAGGCGCUGCUGCAGCAGUGCCGGCGGCUACAGGAGCGCCUGGGCCUGGCCGAGGCCCGCGCCGAGGGGCUGAGCCAGCUGGAGGCUGACCACGGCCGCAUGAAGCGCGAGGUCAGCGCCCACUUCCACGAGGCGCUCAAGCUCAAGGACGAGAUGCUCAGCCUGUCGCUGCGCUACAGCAACGCGCUGCAGGAGAAGGAGCUGGCCACCUCGCGCUGCCGCGGCCUGCAGGAGGAGCUGUACCUGGUGAAGCAGGAGCUGCAGAGGGAGCAGCUGUCGUCCUCCUGUGAGCGGGAGUUCCGGGAGCGGUCCCUGCUGACAGCCGGCAGCCUGGAGCCGGGCGGCGCGGAGCUGGCCCGCCUGAAGACGGAGAACCAGCGGCUGCGGUCCCUGACGUUCAGCCUGGCAGAGAAGGACAUUCUGGAGCAGAACCUGGACGAGGCUCUGGAGAGCAAGCAGGAGCUGGUGGACCGCAUCCACUCGCUGCGGGAGCGGGCCGCGCACGCCGAGAGGCAGCGGAAGCAGUACUGGGAGGAGAAGGAGCAGACCCUGCUGCAGCUGCAGAGGGCGCGGGUGGACUGUGAGAUCUUCAGGGAGAAGAUGAGCGCCCUGCAGGGCCAGGUGGCGGAGCUGCAGAAGGAGCGGGACCAGGCCUACUCGGCGCGAGACGGAGCCCAGAUGGAGAUUUCGCAGCACCUCACGGAGAAGGACGCGCUCCGCAGGAAGGUGUUCGGGCUGACCCACGAGCUCUGCGAGCUCCGCCAGCAGCUCCACGGCCUGCGGCCGCCGUCUCCUGGGCAGCCCGAGCCGGAGGCAGGGCCCCGGGAGCCCUGCCCGAAGGGGAAGCAGCGGCUGGUGCGCAUGUUUGCUCUCUGCCCGCCCGAGGACAGCAGCUGCCCCGGCGCCUUGGAGGCUCAGCUCUGGUGCGACCUGAGCGCCACGUCCAGCCGCGAGCUGGGGGACAGCUUCCGCUCCAGCAGCCCCCUGCCGCCCAGCCAGCAGUCGCUGUGCAGGCGGGCCACGGCCGAGCUCUGGGAGGGGCCCUGGGCCUCCAGCGGCUCCUCGGAGGCCCUGGAGGUGGACCUGGGCGCCUCCCUGGGGGCAACGGCAGGCGAUGUAGACCUGGAUUUCGAGAUCGUGGACAGGGCGGACCUUCCUGAGUCUGUGGACAGCAGCCUGCAGCCAUUGUCCGGGGGCCCGGCGGUCUCAGCCAGCAGCGCCCCGGUGCGGCGCAGGCCAGCCCGCAAGGUCUCGAGCCCCGUCACGGUGCUGGCCUUCCAGGGGUGCGCGCUGCUGGAGCAGAUACAUGUCAUUGGGGGGAACCUCACGGGCAUCUUCAUUCACCGGGUCACCCCGGGCUCGGCGGCGGAUCAGAUGGCCUUGCGGCCGGGCACCCAGAUCGUGAUGGUGGACUGCGAGGCCACAGAGCCCCUGUUCAAGGCGGUGCUGGAGGACACGACCCUGGAGCAGGCCCUGGCGCUUCUCCGCAGGGUGAGCGGCUUCUGCUGCUUGUCCGUGAAGAUGAACAUGGAAGGCUACAGGAAGCUGGUCCAGGACCUGGAGGCCAAAGUGGUGACCUCGGGGGACUCGUUCUACAUCCGGGCAAACCUGGCCGUGGAGGGGCGGGCGGAGGGCGCGCUGCAGGUGCGCUGCGGGGACGUGAUGCACGUCACAGACACCGUCUUUCAGGGCGGCAGCUGCUGGCAUGCCCGCCGCCUGGGCCCCUACAGCACCGCGGGCGCCGAGCAGGGCACCAUCCCCACCUACUCACAGGCCCAGCGGCUGCUCGUCGCCCUCCUCCAGGACCUGGCCCAGCAGACCCCCAGCGCCCGCAAGCCGUCCUCCGGGGGGCCCCAGAAGCUGGUCCGUAUUGUCAGCGCGGACAAAGCCCAGACCGGCCCUCUGUGCUCGCCCCUCGAGCGUGCCCGGCCGGACCCCAGCAGGGUGGAAGACUCCAGCACGCGCUUCUGGGCAGAGAGCUGCUUCACCCUGGCGCCCUACACCCUGGUGCACCCCCACAGGCCCAGCCGGCCGCGGCCUGUGCUCUUCGUGCCCAGGCUGGUGGGGCGGGUCCUGAGCGAGAAGCUGGGCCUCCUCCACGGCUUCAGCAAGUGCCCGGCAGAGCACCUGAGCCAGGAGGAGUACGCCGCCUUGAGCCAGCGGGGGGACGUCGUGCAGGAGCAGGGGGCUGCGGGGGGCCGCCGCUGGCUGACCCGCCGGGCUGUUGAGGCCCUCAUGGAAAAGGACACCCACGCCCUCCUGGACGCAGGGCUGGACAGCGUGCGCGCCCUGCACGGGAUGGAGAUCUUCCCCAUCAUCGUCCACGUCGCCGUCAACGAGAAGGCGGCCAGGAGACUCAGGAAGGCCCUGCAGCGGCUCGGCUCCUCGGAGGAGCAGCUCCUGGAGGCCGGCAGGCAGGAGGAGGGCAAGCUGGACAAGGCGCCCUGUCUGUACUGCAGCCUGGCGCCCGACGGCUGGGGCGACCAGGACACCCUGCUCAGCUGUGUCCGCCUGGCCGUCGCGGAUGAGCAGAAGAAGGUUGUGUGGGCAGAGCAGAGCCCCCGCUGA